AGCUGAAAAGCCCGUGCGAGAGAUCCUUAAUGGCCAAACUGAACAGCCCCUAAUUAAACAACAACUGAGGGAAUUCAACUAGAGGUUAAAACUUCUAUCGCAUGAAUCAGACGCCAUGGAUCCUCCAACGCAGGGAGCAGACACCGACAACCCUCCAACUGAAUCUCCAGCUUGUCAAUUGAAUCGUAUGGUGUUGAGAAAAUUGCAAAAAGCCUUCGAAGCGGACCCCGAAGUAGAUCUGGCUUCUAAGAUCCCCUCUACGUAUUCAAGUCGGCUUGCUGACCGAAAAGCCGAAGUGGAGGCCCCACGGUAUCCUGACGAUGUUCGACAAUUUCUUUACGGAAAUGUGUCAGCCGCAGUCGUGUUCCCGCUCUCUGAAUCCGUUCGAAGCCUUAUUGAAAGCGAUGAUGAUGAAUCGUCCCUUGCGCACAGCGUCCGCAGACUGGUUGAGCAGAGCGAAGUCGUCUGGAAGCCUAAGCUUGGCAACCACAAAAUCGUCCUCAAAUGCAGUCCUGGUGUUGCUCUCAAGAUUAUACUGAAGAUGGAUGAUUUCACCGAAUACACAACCCUGCGAUACCUUGAGGAACAUACACCCAGCAUUCCUGCGCCAAGGUCACUCGGCCUUGUACGUCUUGGUGAAUGCUUCCUCCUCUUCAUGUCUCUUGUGCCUGGCACGACACUUGGAACAGUCUGGCCGAAUUUAGACGACUCCCUCAAGCGUUCAGUCCAGGAACAGCUGAACGAUAUAUUCAUAGAUCUACGGUCUUUAACUCGUCCUGACAACAUGCCACUUGGAGGAGUGGCAGGGGAAGGUUGCCAGGAUCUGAGGAGGCAUGUUCGGCGCACGAAGGAGCCUAUUUGGACUACAGAGGAUUUCGACAAUUGGCAAUUCUCCAAUCCCCAUUUCGGAAGCCCAAUCUAUAUCGAAACCCUUCGACGACUUUCCCCGCCCCUGUCGCAGAAGCAUGUUCUCAGCCACAACGAUCUCCGCCCUGCCAACAUUAUGGUGAAGCUUGAAAGAGGCCAAUGCCGCGUCACCGGCAUCAUUGACUGGCAAUACAGCGGCUUUUAUCCAGAGUACUACGAGUCUACAAAGGUGAUGAAUUCAUUAUCCACGAAUGAGGACAGUGACUGGUACUUGUUCAUUCCUGAAUGUAUCUCCCCACUUCGAAACGCGCAGAAGUGGUUGCUCGACGCUCUCUGGUGGAAACAUGUGGAGUAG